GCUAAAAAUAAGCCUCUUGUAGCAUGGAACAAUGUUUGUAGGCCCAAAACAAAAGGAGGGCUUGGAGUGAUCAAUCUCAGGAAUCAUAACUCAGCUCUCUUUCUUAAACACUUGGAUAAAUUUUAUAAUCAAAAGGACCUUCUAUGGGUUAAGUUGAUCUGGAAUACACAUUACAGAAGUUCUAUCCCUCAUGUUUCUAUCAGUGUUGAUUCUUUUUGGUGGAAGGAUUUUCUCAAGUUAUGUGAUUUAUUCAGAGGAAUUGCUUCUUGCACAGUAGGCAGUGAUACAACAGUUCUUUUCUGGAGUGAUGUAUGGAAUGGACACCUCCUUCAAGAUCUUUGUCCAAGACUUUUUUCAUUUGCAAAGAACAAGAAAAUCUCAGUCAAGGGGUUUCUUAGUAACAACAUCAUUCAAGAGCAGUUCCACAUUCCUCUAUCUGAGCAAGCUUAUAUAUAAUAUCACAGUUUUUUACAAGAAAAGAUAAAUGGUAUUCAAAUUCAAACUUCUGAAAAGGACAAAUGGAAUUACAUUUGGGGUUCUAACAGAUAUUCUUCUAAGAGGUUUUACAAUAAUCCUUUUCAAGAAUCUUCAGUCGCUGCUUAUUCCUUGGAUUUCUAAAUCCAAAUGCUCCAAUAAACUCAGUGUGUUUAUCUGGCUGUUUUCGAUGGAUAGACUUAAUACGAGAGUUAUUCUCAAAAGGAAAAAUUUCAAGGUCAACAAUAAUAAUUACAGCUGUGUUCUUUGUGAUCUUCAAACUGAGGAAACUGAUUUUCAUCUCUUCUUUGCAUGUCCUUUUAGUAAAAGAUGUUGGGAAUCCAUUUUUCUUCACUGGGAUCACAAUCUCCCCUUCUUUGACAUGGUACGGCAAGCUAAGCUAGAUUUUUCUCAGCUCUUCUUCAUGGAAGCCUUCAUCAUUGCUGUUUGGCAAAUUUGGAAGCAACGAAAUGGCUUUAUCUUUCAGAAUCAAAGACCAGGCCUCUCUUCUUGGAAGAUAGGUUUCUUGGAAGAGUCACAUCUGCAAUCUCAUAGAUUCAAGGACUCUAUUAGAGUUCUAUUGUGGGAUUGGAGAAGUUCAAAACAGCUUGCAUGCUUAGAGGAAUCCCACAUGGAUGACGUGACACAAGUCAAAUUUGCCCCAAAUCAACAGAGUAAGCUCAUUUCUGCGGCAGUUGAUGGAUUAGUAUGUGUCUUUGACACUGAUGGUGACAUUGAUGAGGACAGUCAUCUGCUAUCUGUUAUGAAUGCAGAAACAUCUGUUGCCAAAGUGGGGUUUUUUGGAAAUAUGUAUCAGAAGCUUUGGUGUCUAACCCAUAUUGAGACAUUAAGUACCUGGGACUGGAAUGAUGGGACUAGAGAAUUGAGUAUAGAGGAUGCUCGUUCCUUGGCCACUGAUAGGUGGAACCUUGACCACGUUGACUAUUUUGUUGACUGUCACUACUCUCUGUCCGAUGACCAGCUAUGGUUGAUUGGCGGCACAACUGCAGGAACAUUAGGUUACUUCCCUGUAAGAAACGAUCCUGUGGGAGCAAUAGGUUCAGCGGAAGCUAUUCUAGAAGGGGGCCAUACGGGAGUUGUUCGGACCGUGUUUCCAGCAGCAAGCACCCAUCAGAGCCUUGGGCAAAAUAGGGGCAUCUUUGGAUGGACUGGAGGUGAAGAUGGUCGUUUAUGUUGCUGGCGCUCCGACGAAAUUGCAGAGAUAAACAAAUCUUGGAUCUCUAAUUCGCUAGUGUCGAGGCUGCAAAAGAGAACCAAAAGUCGACAUCAGCCCUACUAGCUGCUAAGAUUCCUUGGUUAGUUAACAAAUCCAUGUGUGAUUGCUAGUCAUUGGAAAGGGCAAGCCCUCUAUGUGCUGCAAGCAUGUUAAUCUUUAUUCCUCUUAAAUUUAGGUCGUGAUGGACAUGUCCCUGCAGCACAUUGUAGUGCAGUUUUGGCUUUAGCUACUGUUUGAGAAUGCCACCAUAGGUGCAACUGGUAGGUCCUCUAGUGUUGUUUCUCCAACUAUUGUCUAAUCUACCAGAUAUUAUGAAAAAACAGAGUAUUUUAACUUUGGUGCUCGGUAGCUUCAUCUGAACUAUGAAUUGAGCAGAUGAUGAUAUGUCCAUUUUGACUAGCUCGACAAGACAUUGAAAACUUUAUCCACAGGACAUGCCUGUUUUGGAAUACAUGUUUCCCCAAUUCAGUUGCGCUCUUCAA